AUGGCCACAUUCUCCAUUCGCAGAAGCAGCUUCUCUAGCAUUGGAGUCGGGCUAAGCUCAGGAGCCUCCAUGGGGAGCUUCAACUCCUCACGCUCUGACAUGGGCAUGUCCAUGAUUUCCGGGAGGUCUGGAAGUGUGUACACAGGGACCGGGGGUAAGGGCAUUCGCAUCUCCUCCAUUACAGCCUCCUUCUCCGCUGGUGGGGGCCGAUUCAGCUCCAUGGGUGGGGGCUUUGGCUCUUGAGGUGGUGGAGGGAUGAGCUUCGGUGGCUUCUCCAUGGAUGGUGGGGCCGGGGGAGGCAGAGGAGCGUCCAUCACAGUCAGUGAAAAGCCACCAUGCAGAACCUGAACACGUGCCUGGGUACGUACCUGGAGAAGGUUGCCACCCUGGAGGAGGCCAACAUCAAGCCGGAGCUGCAGUUCAGGGAGUGGGGGCUCAGCCACGUCAAGGUCGACACCAGGGACAUCAGCACCCACCAGGUGGCCAUCGAUGAGCUCCGCUCCAAGGUAUGUUCCUUGUUGGUUUACUAUGAUGGACAAAACAUGCAUAAAUGAAGAUGGAUAAAACUCACAAAUACUGAUCGAUUUUGUGGUAUUACUGUACAUGGCAUUAAUAUAAUUUUUGAGUGCUGGUUGCCUUUAUUCAUUAAACUCCCAGGUUAUAACAGCUGCCAGCCAAGACCUUUACAAUGCAUUUACUGAGCACUGAUGCAUUACAUAUUGUGACAUAUGCAAAAUAACAUUGGUGUAAUGCCAAACUAUUUAAUGAUGCAAUUGAAAGGCGUCUCCAGUGGUGUGAGAUAAUAUAACCAGAAACCUGAUACUUUUCUCUGUGUGAAGUUCUUGGCAACCACCACUGUAGCGGCUGAGUUGGCCCUACAGGUGAAUAACAUCAAACUGGCUGCAGAUGACUUCAGAAUAAAGUGAGUCUAACAUAUAAGCUGUUAGCAAUUAGUUACCCUUUUUUUUCCAAGAUUGAUCUGAAUAUUUCAUGAAUGAAUAAAACAAUAUUAUUCCAUUGCAUUACAAUUGCUGAAAUGUCAGAUAUCGUAGAGAUAUUUAUAGUAUAUACUUGAUCAACUGGAGUCCAAACUAAGUGUCAACCACAUGGUUUGAGAGUGAGUUUGGCCUGCGCCAGUCUGUGGAGGCAGACAUCGGGGGGCUGAAGAGGAUGCUGGGGGAGAUGUUCCUGGCCAGCAGCGACCUGGAGAUGCAGCUGGAGGACCUGAAGGAUGAGGUGGUUUACCUCAAGAAGAACCAUAAGGAGGUGGGUCUCGUAGUAGGGUAGCCUGGUCCCAGAUCUGUCUGUGCUGUCUUGCCAACUCCUACAGUCAUUGUCACGCCACAUGACAUGACAAUGACCAUAGGAGUUGGCAAUACAGCACAGAGAGAUCUGGGACCAGGCUAGUAGUAGUGCACAGCAUGGAUAACACUGAUAUUAGACCAAGUCUGCAUCUGAAAUGCUACCCUAUUCCCUAUAUAGUGCACUACUUUUGACCAGGGCCCAUCAAAACAGCCCAGGGCUCUAGUCGAAAGUAGUGUACUUUAAGGAAAAGAGUGCCAUUUUGGACCAAUCAAAAUGCUGAUACUACUGUAACGUUGUUGUUGAUGUUGUUUCCUAGGAGACCAUAUCGUUCAGUGCCCCGAUGAGUGGUCAGGUGCAGGUGGAGGUGGACGCCGCCCCGGCCCAGGACUUGAAUGCUGUCAUCACUGAGAUCAGAGAGCAGUACGAGGGCAUGGUGGCAAAGAGACGUAGAGAGACCGAGGCCUGGUUCAAGAACAAGGGAAGGGGACAAACACACAGACAUAGAUGAUGUCCCAAAUUGCACCCUAUUUCUAUAUGGUGCACUACUUUUGACCAGGGCCCAUAAAGCUCUGGUAAAAAGUAGUGCACUAUGUAGGGAAUAGGGUGCCAUUUGGGACGCAAUAAUAGUGUAUGACUACAGGGACCUGAAUACAUAACAUUUCAAGAUUAUUUUCUCUAUUCAAGAAAUAACAGUAUUGAUGCUCAAUAAUAAAUACUUCUGUGGGCUUUCAUUUUUUUCUUUACUAUUGAUUAUUAUGUUUUCAUAUAAUAUAUUUUAUAUAUGUCUUAUACUGAUUAAAUAUUUAUUAAUGAGUUAAUUAUUUUGACCUGUGUGUGUUGGUCCCCUCAGGCUAAAGUGGUGCAGACCACCAGUGUAGAGCUGAAGAGCGGCCAGUCCACCGCCAGAGACCUGGGACUGGAGCUGCAGUCUCCCCAGUCCACCGCCAGAGACCUGGGACUGGAGCUGCAGUCUCCCCAGUCCACCGCCAGAGACCUGGGACUGGAGCUGCAGUCUCCCCAGUCCACCGCCAGAGACCUGGGACUGGAGCUGCAGUCUCCCCAGUCCACCGCCAGAGACCUGGGACUGGAGCUGCAGUCUCCCCAGUCCACCGCCAGAGGCCUGGGACUGGAGCUGCAGUCUCCCCACUCCAUGGUAAAGUGGCACACCCAGCACGGCAGACUUAGAACUUCUUGGAUAGAAGCACUUUAGUUUCUCAUUUACCUAUCACAUUAUAAGACUCUCAGUUUGGACCCUAUGAUUUACUAUUACAACAUGCAUCAUGUUACUCAGAACAAAUAGGCCUAAAGAGUUUCAAAACUUUUACGUUUCGUCCCCCCCAAAAAACUAUCCAAUGUGACAAGCCACAAAUUAUUUUUACAGUUCCAAGGAUCACUUAAGCUAAAGACAUCACAACCCUUGCUCCUUACUUAUCUGCUGUAGGGAUUGAACAUACAUUUAUUUGGAAAAUAAAAAUGGAAAAUGACCUCCAGAAACAAAGUGUCCAAGUCAGACUUAACCAAAAAUAAGUUCAGCUCAGUUCUCACUGUGUGUCUGUGGCCCUACCCUUGUAGAAGGCUCUAUGGAGGGGAACCUUGCGGAGAUGGAGGCUUGCUACGGAGCUAUGAUGAUGAGCCUGCAGGCGUCAGUGACAGGUCUGGAGAGCCAGCUGACCCAGAUCAGGGCAGACACAGAGCGCAGCUCCCAGGAGUACCAGGCCCUGCUGGACAUCAAGACCACAGGCUGCUGA